AUGGAUUCAGUCUUUGGCUUCAAGGGAAAGGAUUUUGUUUGUCUGGUUGCAGACACGGUCUUUAAGCACAGCAUCCUAGUUCUCAAGGAAUGUGCGGAUCGUACAGUCAAGAUCCAUGAGGGCCAGGGGAUGAUUGUGACCGGCGAAGACGGUGACGUCCUUCAAUUUACAGACUACAUUAAGCAUUCGUUGAAGCUCCGUUCCCUUCGUCAAGGCUACACGCCAACAGUUAAGUCAUCAGCCAACUUUAUUCGCACAGAGCUUGCACGGGCCAUUCGUGAGGGCCCGUACAACGUGUACGUUAUCACAGGGGGCGUGGAUGCAGCUGGCCCUCAACUGUAUUACAUGGACUAUCUGGGCACGAUGGGAGAAGACAACUUCUGUGUCCAGGGGUAUUCUAUGUACUUCCUGUUGAGUGUCAUGUCUGAAUACUGGAAGCCAGACAUGACCAAGCAAGACGCACUAGACCUGAUUAAGCACUGCAUAGACGCUCUUGGACGACGUUUUCUCCUCCAACCAACCAAGUUUACAGCUUCCUUCAUUUAUCAAUCUCUAACUGAAAAGGAGUUUAUAAAUUAUGUUCCUCAGAGCAUCGAUCCUACUAAGCAACAGCUUCCAAAUAUAAUGUAA